CCUGUGUUAACGGUUAAAGCGCGAUUUGGGUCCUGAAAGCGCCACGAAACACAUCCGACGUUUAAAACACGUUAAAACGUCUCCUAAAGCUCUCCGCGUCCACGCCACAUAAACGUGAGUCCGCUCUGCCAGCGUCACGGCGACAUCACCCAAUCGGCUGCGGGACGGCUGCGGCCUGACGUCGCCAGCCAGGGCACGGACGGCAUAGACGUGGAUUUCUAGCGCGAGGAUUUCCGUUAAAAGAAACUUUUCACGGAGGUUUUUUCCGUCACAUGUUCAUGCAGUUACAAUAAACGUAUAAUUGUAGUCGUUGUUUAUGGUGUCGUGCGUAAAAACCAGCGCAAAUACAGAGAAAACUGGGUUAUUUACGAGAUCUAGUGCAUGUACAUCUGUAAGGUUUGUGCUUGACGCAUGCGCAGUCGCGCAACCCGUUAUGAAACAGCCUGGUUUUGGCCCGGUUAAGUUAAACGGAGUGACAAUAACCCGAGAAACUGGCGGAACCCAGAGCACGAACCUCUCUGUGACAUGGUUCUGUCACCCGGACUCACAUAAAGACGUGUUUUCCUCCUUCACCUGCGCUUUAGGCUCCUCUGCUGUGAGAUCAUGGCCGUAAACUCCAUCUACUGGUUCCGGAAGGGUCUCCGGCUGCACGAUAACCCCGCUCUCCUGGAGGCCGUGCGGGGGGCCAACACCCUGCGUUGCGUUUAUUUCCUGGACCCCUGGUUUGCCGGAUCGUCCAACCUGGGUGUGAACAGGUGGAGGUUCCUGCUGCAGUGUUUAGAGGAUCUGGACUCCAGUCUUCGUAAACUCAACUCUCGUCUCUUCGUUAUCCGUGGCCAGCCCGCUAACAUCUUCCCCCGCCUGUUUAAGGAGUGGAAGAUCAACCGUCUGACGUUUGAGUAUGAUUCUGAGCCAUUCGGGAAAGAGCGCGAUGCUGCUAUUAAGAAGCUGGCGUCUGAGGCGGGCGUGGAGGUCGUCGUCAGAAUCUCACAUACACUCUAUGACCUGGACAAGAUAAUAGAGCUGAAUGGGGGUCAGCCUCCUUUGACCUAUAAGCGCUUUCAGACGCUGGUCAGCAGUAUGGAUCCGCCGGAGGCACCACUGGAGCCGCUGACGCUAGAACUGAUGGGGGGCUGCACCACACCGAUCUCUGAAAACCACCAGGAGAAAUUCGGUGUACCUGCACUGGAGGAGCUGGGGUUUGACACAGAGGGUCUUGCUCCAGCUGUGUGGCCCGGGGGGGAGUCGGAGGCUUUGGCCAGAAUCGAGAGACACCUGGGCCCUGACCUGUCCACAGCAUGGCAGGAGAACUUCGAGCGUCCGAAGAUGAACUCCAGUCCCCUGCUGGCCAGUCCGUUUGGACUCAGCCCGUACCUGCGCUUCGGCUGCCUGUCCUGCCGGCUGUUCCACUCCAAACUCACCGAGCUCUACAAACGGGUGAAGCAGAACGGAACUCCAUCCAUCUCUCUGUACGAUAAGCUGCUAUGGAGGGAGUUCUUCUACACGGCUGCCACCAACAACCCGCGGUUUGACAGGAUGGAAGGGAACCCUAUCUGUCUGAGGAUUCCAUGGGAGCGGAACCCAGAGGCUCUGGCCAAAUGGGCUGAGGCUCGGACGGGUUUCCCCUGGAUUGAUGCCAUCAUGACCCAGCUGAGGCAGGAGGGCUGGAUCCACCACCUGUCCCGACAUGCGGUGGCCUGUUUCCUCACUCGUGGAGACCUGUGGAUCAGCUGGGAGGAGGGCAUGAAGGUGUUUGAGGAGCUGCUGCUGGACGCUGAUUGGAGCGUAAAUGCAGGCAGUUGGAUGUGUCACUCCUGCAGCUCGUUCUUCCAGCAGUUCUUUCAUUGCUACUGCCCCGUUGGCUUCGGCCGCCGCAUCGACCCCAACGGAGACUUCAUCAGACAUUAUUUACCUGUCCUAAGAGAAUUCCCAGCCAAGUUCAUCUAUGAUCCCUGGAACGCUCCGGAGGAGGUGCAGGUGGCGGCGAAGUGUGUGAUUGGAGUGGAUUACCCAAAGCCCAUGGUGAACCACGCCGAGGCCAGCAGACUGAACAUAGAGCGUAUGAGGCAGAUCUACCAGCAGCUGUCGCGCUACCGCGGCCUCAGCCUUCUUGCUACUGUGCCAUCGAACCAUGUGGAGGAUCUGAACAUGAAUGCAGUCAGUGGGACAGCGCCCUCUCAUGGCAAGCGCAGCAGAAGCAGCGUGCUGGCUUACAGGGGCAGGAGAGAGCGGAGGGUCAGCGCAAGCAGCCCAGAGGAACAGCCUGGACUGAGCGGCACCAAACACCGCUCCAUCAUUCACGCCCUCGGCCACCGUACUGUACCCAAACUCUCCCCCUCCCACGGACACAGGUUCGCCGUGCCUCAUAACCCAGGUCACCUGAGUCGGCUGCCGGGGUCCGGGACGGCAAAGAGGGAGCGGGAGGCGGAGCAUAGCAGUAACCAUGGCGAAGAGCAUCCCACUUCCUCUGCAUUAAAGGUCCAGCGCCACAGCAGAGAGGAGAGUUGUGAGGGUCCAGAAGGGGGUCAGUCUUUCUCCUCGUGAGCCCCGCCCACCCCAAUGAAUAUGUAUUACUGUAUUAUACGUGUGUUGAAAUACAUCCUUUCUUUUUUAUACUUCAACCGGCCCUUCAGACUAAAUUCUAACCAAAUUUGUUAUCGUAGUAUUUUUCAUUGUAAUAUCGUAAGCGCCGCCAAUUCAGCUUCAUAUUUCAGGAAAAAUCAAUGAUGUAAUCAGGUGAUGUGGUUUUAUUGCCUUUCUGUGAUUUUAAAACUGGUCUAUGGCUGCAUUUUAUACUCUCUCAUAAACCCGGAACUUCAGCCCGUGUCACUCGCGGCACCGUCAGCGUCUCAGCUCUGCGCCGCUGUGCGUUAGACUCACGACAAAAAGGCCAGCAGAAAACUUUUAAUAUUAAUAUAUAGUGAGUCGACGGCGGUAGCGGCCGGAGCAGCAGCUUUUUACACUGUAACGGCUUUAAUAACUCAGAACCUGAAGAGGAAUUCCACCAGUUUUUAAAAAAAAAGUAUGCAGAAUUUCUGAAAAAUACAACCUAAAAGAAAACUGAACAGCAAUUUAGCAUAAUUAACAUUACAUGUAAGAAAUUCUGUCUUUGGGUUUGUGGUCAUCGUGGUGUUUUUUUCAUCACAUUGAUAAAACCAGAGAGUAAAAGUCUUUAAAAUUGACGUUGGUUUACAAAAAAAAAACUUUAAAUAUGAUGAAAAUUUUAUAAAUCUGUGGAAUUCCCCUUUUCCUUCAUCUCGGAGGUGUUCUCAGAUCAUAAAAAGAUUUUAAAGUAUUUGUCAUCCAGUGUUCAGCCAGAUCUUGUGUUUACAUCUGUCUGUCUCUAUGGUAACUGAAAAUCUGACCAUGUUUGUUAAUUAGUCCACGGCUGGUCAAGUUUGGGUCCAAAAAUGCACAUUUGACCUCUCCAGGCUCCGCCUAACAAACGUCCUUUCAUAGCUACUGUUGUGCAUUCGGACUUUACAGAACACCGUUAAAAAUGGGAACCCAGGUAAAAACUGUGUCCCGAUCCACCUCAUUAUCCAGCCGAGCACUGUGUUUUGAGACCAUGGCUGAAGCAUCCGGUUCAGGAACUGAAGUGUUGCUCGUCACUGUGUCUUAGCGAGGUUGAAGUUAUGGUUCUGGACCAAUAAACGUCUCUGAGGUGUUUCCGGGGCAGCCCACAGUUUGUGGCGGUCAGUUCGGCCGAAUGAAGAUGAAAUCAGGGCAUAAGCAGCUCUGAGCUUCAGCCGACACGACCCUGUGGCUUCAUGAUGACCCAGAGAAAAAGUUGUGAGAGUUGAAAUCUGAGCCAAUAAAACGCAUCUGUAUCUGCAAGCUUGUCCAACCUAGCAACAGUAACUACGAAAGAAAACGUUUGUGGGCGGAGCCUGGAUACAUAUAUAAGGCUAGUUGAUUGUAUCAGUGCUGUGUGUUUCUGGCUCUUUAUUUAUUUGAAGGUCAAAUCGCUGUACAGUUUAUUCGCGUGCUAAUUAGCAGCUUUUCUGCAGGUCCAACCAAAUAAAUCCUGUUUUCUGUCCAAUGUUGCACAUUUCUGUGUUCUUUCUGCUCUGAUACGCCUGAUUCAGUAAAAAAUCAUAUUUGCUUUAAUUUGAAAUAUUGAUUUUCAGCAUAGGCAGAUAGUGUAAAGCAGCUGUUUGCUGAUAUUGUAUACUAAGAGCAAGUUUUCCUAAAUAAUGAUUUGGGAACGGUUUUCUUUCCUAAAGGCACGAAUUGAAACUUAGCAGACUUGGCUAAAGCCUAAUAUGCUAAUACGCUAAAUUACUGCAAACCAGUGAAGGCUACAUGCUAAUCUGGAUUAAAAACACUCGGCUGUGCCGAAACUUUUGACUGUUGGGGUAUUUUCCAUCCCUUAAAGAGUCCGAGCAGAGAAAACACUCCAAUGUGCAGAAGUUGGUGCUGAGAACUCUUCUGUGGUUAAACAGCAUUAGCUUUAGCCUAAGGCUGCAUCGCUUCAUUGUAGUCUUCCAUCCAUCCACUCUGUACCCAGUCCAGGCCCCACCUGUGUAAAUAUGCCCCAUCGGUCCCGUUCCUUCCCCACCUUUUAGCGUUUUCUACACCCUCUCCAUGCUGUAAAUUCGCCAUUUGUUGAUUUUUUUUUUCUACUGAAAUUUCGUAGCUUUCUCUUCUCUCUGCUGAGUUUUAAAUUUAUAAAUAUAUAUAAAAUAUAGAGUUUAGGACUAUACUGUACCGUACCAGCAGCUUCAGCCUGUGUUUGUUGUACCGCAUUAUGCAGAAAAUAAAGCGAAGAGGAAACAAA